AUGUCAACAUCUGUUACCAAGACGCAAAUCACUCCGGACUUCUACAUCACCGAAGCAGGCACGUCAGAAAACGGAGAACCAAUCAUCCUCUACUUUGUCCCUGGCAAUCCAGGCUUAGUAUCAUAUUAUCAUUCUUUUCUCUCGCUUUUGGCCUCAAAUCUGUCAUCCUCUCCCCAUGUUUGUCCGGACCAGACAGGCGCCAGCGAUUGUUCUAGUAGCAGUGUGAACACUGCGCAAGGCAGUAACAAUAGUGCUAGUAAUGUAGGUGACAGUGGUACGAUUGUUGAGCGCAAAGGUGCCAGUGGAAAUACCAGAUCUGAGCAGCCAUCAGACGAAACGAAGGAUGCGGGUAUGCGUGACCCCGACGAUGCCUAUCUAAUAGCCGGAAGGUCACUUGCUGGGUUUGAGAUCGAGGAUGCUACGGUCCAAAGUUCCUCAAAUGAUUCAGAGGCGUCUACGGAUGCCGUAUAUGGCCUAUCUGCCCAGGUGGAGCAUGUGGAAAGCAAUCUGGCCAAGAUUGUUCGCAAGUACCUGCACAAUCACAUCACUACUACUUCUGCGACGAACGCUACCGGGGCGGAGAAGGAUGCUGCUAGCAGUCGUCGUCGCCCAAGGCCGAAGGUAAUCCUGAUGGGUCAUUCGGUGGGAUCAUAUCUAUGUAUGGAAGUAAUACGAAGAUGGAAAGAGAGGGAGGAAGAGAGAGCAAAGGCGGCGGGAAAAGAAACAGGAGCAGCUUCAGGCGACAGCCAUGAAGUUGAAAUAGACAUUAUUGGCGCGUUGCUGAUGUUUCCUACGGUAGUUGAUAUUGCUAAAUCUCCAUCGGGGAGAAAGCUGACGACACUUGCAAAUAUCCCAUACCUGGACCAUAUCGCAAGCCACAUCGUCAACGGCCUCUUGUUUAUAAUGCCUUCGCCAGUACUGCGCUGGGUGGUACAAUAUGUAAUGGGAAGCGCUCCCAAAGAUGCCGUUGAUACUACGCUUGCAUUUCUGAAAAGUCGAACAGGCGUUCGACAAGCCUUGCAUAUGGGUGCGGAAGAAAUGGAGCAAAUCGGCUCUGACAAGUGGAGCGAUGAGAUCUGGGGCGUAGCAGGGGAUGUAAAAUCACAGCUAACGAAGCUGGUCUUUUAUUUCGGUCGGAAUGACCACUGGGUCGCCGAACAGACGCGAGAUGAGAUCAUCCGCGCGCGGGCAUCCAAGGGAGAUCACGGGCCGAAAAUGAUCGUCUGCGACGAUGGCAUCAAGCAUGGCUUUUGCAUUAGUGAGUACUUCGAGUCUGUGUAUUUCUUUCAUCGUACGGUUUGA